UCUGCCUCCCGAGUGCUGGGAUUAAAGGUGUGUGCCACUACCACGCAGCUAGUGUGGACUCUUGAAGUGUGCGCAGAGAAGGAGUUGGGCGAGGCACACCGGUCACGGGUCACUCACCACUCGGCCCCAGCGAUUCCAGCAGAUGAAGCGACCAUCCUCCUCCAGCAGCUGGAUGAUGUAGAACUUAUUAUUGUUGUUGCCAAUGUUGGUCUGGUUCAGUGUACAGUCAUAGUCCUUGUAGACCUGUGUGGGGUGAGACCGGAAGGCAGCUCAGGUGGGCAUGGGCUGCGUGUGCACCCUGGGGGACAUCAGAAGGGGUCUUACUUUGGCACUUGGUAUAAUGGCUCUGCCCUUGGGGACACAGUCUAACUGGAUGUAACUAAGCUCUGCUUUGGGAGUGGGAAUUUGGAGAGGAUGCAACUAUCUCCUAGGUGGGAGAAUCUGAAAGAGACCUGGCUCUGCCCUGAGGGGUCAGUUUGAGGGAGCACUAUGAGUCCUGGGGAAACUGAGUCAGACCUCUUCCUUGAGUGUGAUGCAAGAGGCAACACCCUAGUAUCUGAUAGCCAAACAUGACACACCUUGACCUGAUAGAAUACAGUCACGUUUGUUGUCUUAAGAAGACACAUGUAAGCGAUCCACAGCUUAUUAGAGACUUUGAGUUACUGGGCUAGAACGGAGAACCUGAGGGGGCAGAAGGUGUGGUCUGAACAUGGGUGCAGCUCACCUGAAUUUUGGGGUUGCGGCUGAAUGGACAUGCAGGGUCCACACGGAUGAUGCGCUGAUCUGCAGGAGCUGCUCUGAGAGCCUCAGCAGUGGAGCGGAAACUGCCCUCCUCCCCUGUCUCCAGUCGCCCCUUCUUGGGGCCCUCAGCCUGUACUGAAGACUUUCGUUUUGGAGCCAUGGCUAUUCUGGGGUGAGGGGUGGGGAGUGAUCAGACUCGCCUUUUAGGGGGCUGGCCCCUUCCAACUUCUUGCUACACAAAUCCCCAUUUCUAAAACUGCACUUUGUACGCAGACACGGCCCCUCCCCAAGCUGCAAGUGUAAGGUUAGAGCCUGUCCAAUCGCCACCCCGGGCUAGGAAGAAGUUGGCUGCCUACCCUCUCCGGCUCUCCUGCGUGCCCUGAGGCUGUAGGAAAAGUGAAAGCAGACUCGCCCCUCCCACCUGUUGCCAUCUUCCUUUCUAGAAGCAUUUCCUCCUCCUGUCAGUAAGGUGGAUCUGGCAAAGUUGCUGCUCUGAAUCAGCUGAGCGAUGGGGGUGGGGUUGGGAGAGGGCAGGGCGCCACAAGCUGCCCUUCUGCAGCCAGAUCUACCUCUCUAGAGCUGAGGUAUAGAAGCCUCUUCCUAACACAACAGAGUUCUGGGGUGCCAGCCAAGGUUUCCGAUAAAGUGGCCUUCAACUGCCAGAGAUAAGGAGCCACCUUUACCCACCCUUCCCUGCUAGGCAGAGGACUCCAGGGCAGGGCCAUAGGACACUCACCCAAAAGAAAUAGGACCCUGGAAGAGGUGGUUGUCACCCAGCCUGGUAUCAGGAAUGCCGAGUGCCUCCCAAGAAACAAGUUCUAAGUCUGGGCUCCGGUCUGGUGACCUCUGUGGACCUUCCGCUUGUCUUUGGUAGGGACUUCCCAACAACCACCAGAGGAAGGGAAAGAGCAGAAGGGGUGGUGUUGAAUUCCAGCUAUUUGGCUACUAGUGGGGUGAGUCAGAGACUGGGCAGAGGCUGGUGGGCCGUCCUGUGCCCAGAUGAGAGGACACAAAUCCAGACACACCCAAAGCCUCACAGACUGAUACAUCCUUCAUGCAGCUUUGACUAGGGGCAUGAAACAUGUAUCCGCUAUUUGCCCGGUGACUUUGGCCCUGGGUUUGGAUACUGUCUACUCUCCAGGGCUGCCUGGAUUCCAUUCUCCGUGUUUUAGAGCCUGGCUGGGUUAGCCUUGUCCCCGCCCCAGACUGGAAAAUGGAAUCACUUUGGGGAACGAAGAACUCCAAACCUCUGGCUCCCCCGAGUGGUCAUGAGGCGCAAGCACAAAGAAUGUCCUCCUGGCCCCACCCCUCCCUGUAAGUCGGGAGACGGCAGAGCGCAAGCGCCGCAGGCCCAGGCCGGAAACAGGAAAAGACUCUUGCUUUCUACUCCAGCUUGGCGCUGGAGCUUAGAGGAGCUCUUGGAGGCGUGGCCAACUGGUCGGUCCAAUAGACGAUUGGGGGAGUGACAGGGUGUUCCGGAGGGUCCAAUGGGGCUGCGGAAGGCGGGGCCCGCCGCUCCGUAGGAACCUAUCAGGGCUCCGGGUCUUGCCAUGCGGCCGGGGUUUAGCAGCCAUGUGAGUUCCCCGCAGCCGCGGCAGCACACUGGAGAGCAUGUCCACCGCCGUGGCAACUCGUAAGCGGGCAAAGCCGGCCCCCCGGGCCGGGGCCGCUGCGGGGCCCAGCAAGCGGCGGCGAAAGGUCGACUCUGCUGGGGACAGGGGCAAAGCCAAGAAUGGCGGCAAGAUGAAUGAAGAAAUCUCCAGCGAUUCUGAGAGCGAGAGCGUGGCUCCAAGGAAAACAGAGGAAGAAGAGGAGGGGGAGGAGCUGGAGGAGACUGCGCAGGAGAAGAAGCUACGCUUGGCCAAACUCUACCUUGAACAGCUCAGGCAGCAAGAGGAGGAGAAGGCUGAAGCCCGUGCAUUUGAGGAGGAUCAGGUGGCGGGGCGCUUGAAGGAGGACGUGCUCGAGCAGAGAGGCAGAUUACAGAAAUCGGUGGCAAAGGAGAUCCAGGCCCCAGCUCCCACUGACAUUCGAGUUUUACGGGGCCACCAGCUCUCCAUCACAUGCCUGGUUAUCACUCCCGACGACCUGGCCAUCUUCUCUGCCGCCAAAGACUGCACCAUCAUUAAGUGGAGCGUAGAGAGUGGGCAGAAGCUGCGUGUGAUUCCUCGAGCCAAGAAGGGGUCCCAGGGGCAGCCUUCAGGCCACAGCAGCCACAUCCUCUGCAUGGCCAUCUCCUCUGACGGCAAGUACCUUGCCUCUGGUGACCGUAGCAAACUCAUUCUAAUUUGGGAGGCCCAGAGCUGCCAGCACCUGUACACCUUCACUGGACACCGGGACGCUGUGUCGGGACUGGCCUUCCGAAGAGGUACCCACCAGCUCUACAGCACUUCCCAUGACCGCUCUGUGAAGGUGUGGAAUGUAGCAGAGAACUCCUACGUGGAGACUCUCUUCGGGCACCAGGAUGCUGUGGCUGCAUUGGAUGCCCUGAGCCGAGAGUGCUGUGUGACAGCUGGGGGCCGGGAUGGGACUGUGCGGGUGUGGAAGAUCCCAGAGGAAUCCCAGCUUGUCUUCUAUGGCCACCAGGGCUCCAUUGACUGUAUUCAUCUGAUCAAUGAGGAGCACAUGGUGUCCGGUGCGGAUGAUGGCUCCGUGGCCUUGUGGGGCCUCUCCAAGAAACGGCCACUUGCUCUGCAGCGUGAAGCUCACGGGCUGCAUGGGGAGCCGGGCCUGGAGCAGCCCUUCUGGGUAUCAUCAGUGGCUGCCCUACUCAAUACAGACCUUGUGGCCACAGGCUCCCACAAUGCCGGUGUGCGGCUUUGGCAGUGUGGAGAGGGCUUCCGGCAGCUUGAUCCUCUUUGUGACAUCCCCCUGGUCGGCUUUAUCAACAGCCUCAAGUUCUCCAGUGCGGGGGACUUCUUGGUGGCUGGAGUGGGCCAGGAGCACAGGCUUGGCCGAUGGUGGAGGAUCAAAGAGGCUCGGAACUCAGUCUGCAUCAUCCCACUCCGUAGAGUCCCUGCGCCCCCUGUUGCUGGCUCCUGACAUUCGUCCUUAUUUAAGCUCUUCCAGCACCCCGACCCCCUUUUGUAUUAAAGCCUUUUCUGUUUUA